UAGAUGAAGAGUUAAUUCAUUAUUACUACUAAUAACUACGUAAAGUAAAAUUCAUUAUUUGCGACAGAAAAUGGGUGGUUAAAAACGUCAUUGUUUUUUGUACGACCCCUGUAGUUUGUGACCAGAAUUUCCUUCAGGAUAAUCAGGGGUUAUUGAUUUUCACCAAAGUGCGUUCUUUCAAUUCAUACGCUAUAUUUUGCGGACAUAUUUAUUUUAUUAUCGGUCUGUUAUAGGACAAAAAUAAUUGACUGACAGUGCUUUUAAUAUUUUUUUUUUCAGAGACAAUUAACUAUAAGGAACUGUUAAACAUUAACCGACAGAUAAUAAAAAAAAUAAAAAAAUGCCGAGCACCCGCAAAAUGAUAUUGAACCAUGUUAUGUCCGGAAUUUGUUCCAAAAUAAACAGGACAAAGCAGCUACCAAGUGAUGUUAUGGAGACCCCACUAAAAAGAUGUCUUAACACGUUUGAUAUCACUCUACUGGGAAUUGGGCAUAUGGUAGGAGCUGGUAUAUAUGUCUUGACAGGAAGUGUUACAAAGAACAUAGCCGGGCCUGGAAUAAUAAUUUCCUUUUUGCUGGCCGGUGUGGCAUCUUUGCUGUCGGCACUUUGUUAUUCUGAAUUCGGUACCAGAGUUCCUAAAGCCGGCUCUGCAUACGCCUAUACGUAUGUUAGUGUCGGAGAAUUUUGGGCCUUCGUUAUCGGCUGGAACAUUAUUUUGGAACACAUGAUAGGUGCCGCUUCGGUGGCGAGAGCCUGGAGUGGCUAUGUUAAUUUCUUAUUCGACGACGCAAUCAGCAACGCUACACUGGCAGCCACGGGAGAAAUGCACCAAGUGCUUUUGGGAAAAUACCCCGAUUUCCUUGCUUUCCUCGUUUGCAUAGUCUACGCUUCGUUGUUAGGCUUUGGGGUCAAAGGAUCUGCCAUUUUCAACAGCAUUUUAACAAUACUAAAUCUGGCCGUAAUGGUUUUGGUUAUUUCCGUGGGUUUCUACUACAGUGACAUCACCAACUGGACAGCAAGUAAAGGGGGAUUUUUUCCAUAUGGUUUUGGGGGAGUAAUUUCUGGAGCAGCUACCUGUUUCUAUGCCUUUGUGGGCUUCGACUCCAUAGCAACGGCAGGCGAAGAAGCUAAAGACCCCUCGUUUUCGAUCCCUGUGGCCACCAUAAGUUCUAUGGUAGUUGUGACCCUUGGUUACAUCUUGGUGUGUGCCGCUCUGACACUGCUGGUGCCCUUUGACAGUGUUAAUCCGAAUGCCGCCCUCCCUGAAGCCUUUUCAGGGAUCGGCUUGCACUGGGUAAAAUAUUUGGUGUCCAUAGGUGCCAUAUGUGGAAUGACCACCACUCUAGUAGGUUCUCUCUUUUCUCUCCCAAGGUGCAUGUACGCCAUGGCUCAGGACGGUCUCUUGUUCAGUUUCCUUGGGAACGUUAAUUCUAAGACGCAGGUGCCUUUGACUAAUCUGGUGAUUUCGGGCCUGCUGAGUGCCUUGAUAGCACUCCUGUUUGACUUGGAAAAACUGGUAGAGUUCAUGUCGAUUGGUACUCUUUUGGCCUACACAAUAGUCAGUGCUUCUAUAAUAAUCUUAAGAUACAAGCCGACAACCGAGGGAUUUCCCCGCAAACCGGCAACGAGUCCCAGCUGUUCUGAAUCAUCUUCUUCGUACAGCGAAACGCCAACCCCAGUAUUAGACUUCUGUCCCGUACCUGGCACUCUAAAGCCUCAAUUUGGAUGGCUCUUUCCAAUUUUUGGAAUGUACAAACCUGGAAGGGUUGUCACCAUGUCCGUUUUUGUGUUCAUGGUCUUCAGUUGUGCCCUAUGCUUCCUAUUACAUGGCUCUCUAAAAAAUCAAACUGAAGACAUCUGGUGGAUAAUUGUCAUUGCCACCUUUUUUGUUACCAUAAUGGCACUAAGUUUGAUAGCAAUUGCUGCCCAUCAUCAGAACGUUACCGGAUUAAAGUUCAAGGUACCUCUGGUCCCCUUUCUACCUGCCUUAAGCAUAUUUUGCAAUCUAGGGUUUAUGGUCCACCUUAACGUACUGACUUGGAUACGGUUUUUCAUCUGGAUGGUAUUAGGAAUGUUGGUGUAUUUUCUAUAUGGAAUUCACCACAGCAAAGAGGGCGACACGAAUUCUUCUUAUUCAAUGCUAAUGACUUCUUCAGAAGCAGUUAAAGAAAAAUGGGGUGCCACAACGAAAAGCAAGAUAAAGGGGACUCUUACCAAAAGAAAAGGAUCCGGAGGGGAUAGUAGAAACGCAAUAAUAGACGAGGAAGAAUUAGUACAAUAAUAAAUAAAACUAUAGCAGAUACACGUUAGCGAAAUUGUUGCUAAAUAUUAAAUAUUUGCUUGUCAUUAUUGUUACCGUUUUAACACGAAAACAUAAGAUUACGGAUAUAUAAUAGUAAAAAUAAAAAUAUAAAGUUAUACAUAAAAUGAUCAUGAAGGAAAACUGAACGUUUUAAUACGAGUCUCAUUAAUUAAAAGGUUACUAAUUUUAUAAGAAAACUAUUCCCUUGCAAAUAGUCAACAGUCUGCCUCCCCAAUGAUUGGUAAGGAAAUAAGUUUUUUAUUAGAAGCUUUAGAUGUGUAAAUAAAUCAUAAGACUCAUCAGAAAAUAAACGAUAAUGAAACAAUGUAACACAAUAUCCCACUCAUUAAAAGACUUGAAAGUAGUAUUAUACAUAAUUAGAUUAAUAUGUACUAUAUAUUGUCCGAUUUAGACUUUUAUUGCACGUUGGGUACUUAUUUUUUUAACGUGGUGCUUGUGGAGAAAAGAAGGUAAAAUAGAUAUAUGUAUACGUUGGAAAUUAAAUUUUAUUUAUCGAAAUACCCUCGUUAA